UACGCAUGCGUAGGUGGUCCAAAGGUAAAAAUCAAUGGAAGGUUUGAAGAAGGUGAAGGAAUGACUCGCAAAAAACCAUAGUUUACUCUGAAAAAAAGGCCACAUUAUGGCUUCUGUUAAAGUUGCAGUCCGUGUUAGGCCCCUCAAUAAGAGGGAACGAGACRUGAACGCGAAGACUUGCAUCUACAUGGAAGACAAGAAAACUGUAAUCACUAAUUUCCACGCACCUGGAUCAAAUGCAGGCGAGGACAAGAAGGAUUUCACAUUUGAUUAUUCAUAUUGGUCAGCCGACAGCUCAGACAAGCAUUUUGCUUCACAAGAUCAGGUAUUUAAUGAUUUAGGCUCCGAUGUACUGGAAUCGGCCUUCGAAGGAUAUAAUGCCUGCAUCUUUGCUUAUGGGCAGACUGGUGCUGGCAAAUCAUACAGUAUGAUGGGAAUGCAGGAAGCCCCUGGACUGAUACCCAGAAUCUGUGAGGGAUUGUAUGCACGAAUGAAUUCCUGUGCGGACAAAAAGACUGAGUUCAGAACAGAAGUCAGUUAUUUGGAAAUUUAUAAUGAGAAGGUACGAGAUCUUCUUCAACCUGCCAAAGGGAAAGAUCACUUCACUCUAAAAGUCAGAGAGCAUCCAAAAGAAGGGCCCUAUGUUCAAGAUCUUACCAGUCAUCUUGUGACUGACUACGAGGGUAUUGAGACACUGAUGUCAUCAGGGAACAGUAACAGAACUGUAGCAUCCACCAACAUGAAUGACGUCAGCAGCAGAUCCCAUGCUAUAUUCACCAUUAAUUUCACCCAGGCCAAAUUUCAUGAAAACAUGCCCAGUGAAACACUAAGUAAAAUCAACUUGGUCGACUUGGCAGGCAGUGAACGUGCCAACUCUACUGGUGCUACAGGAAGCAGACUGAAGGAGGGAGCAAACAUCAACAAGUCACUGGUUACCUUGGGAACUGUCAUAUCAUGUCUCGCUGAUGCCAGCGAUCAUCACAGUCCAAGAGACUCCAAAAAGAAAUUCUUUAUUCCAUACAGAAACUCUGUCUUGACUUGGUUAUUGAAAGAUAGUUUGGGCGGCAAUGCAAAAACCAUUAUGAUUGCAGCAAUCUCUCCUGCUGAUGUUAAUUACUCAGAGACACUCAGUACACUACGAUAUGCAAACAGAGCCAAGAACAUCAUCAACAAACCAACUGUCAAUGAAGAUCCAAAUGUUAAGUUGAUCAGAGAGCUGAGGUCUGAAAUAGAGAGGCUCAAGAUGCUCCUUAAAGAUAAAGUAGAUAAUGGUCUUGACCUGUCUAUUGGAGAAGCAGAAAAACACAUUAUCAACGAACAGCUACAUGAAAACGAAGCUAAAGUAGAAGAGCUCACCAAGAAUUGGACCACAAAAUGGCGGGAGACUCAGAAGAUCAUUGAGGAACGAGCCCUUGGGUUUAGGUACGAGGGUAUGGGAGUGAAGAUGGAGUCACAACUACCACAUUUAGUGUGUAUUGAUGAUGAUGUCCUGAGCACAGGCAUCACUCUCUACCAUCUCAAGGAUGGUUUGACGUACAUGGGCAAGGAAGGAGCAAACACUACACCAGAAAUAGUGUUGACUGGACCGGGUAUCGAAGAUGAGACGUGUAUUAUCGAGAGUAUUGACGGGAAUGUCAUCAUUCAUCCUGUGGCGGGAAACUGUCAGUUGAAUGGACAAACACUUGCUAAAGCAAAACGACUAAGUCAAGGUGAUGUAAUUUUGCUGGGCAAGACCAACAUGUUUAGAUUCAAUCAUCCACAAGAAGCUGCUAAACUGAGGAAACAAAGACAAUACGAGUCCAUGGAAAAUCUAGCUGACAUCGGCGGUGAAUCAGAAAGAACUCCGUCCUACCUCUUCUACAAUGCAGGGCUGGAGCUUGAACGACAGUAUAAAGAGGAGACAGAGCGUAUUGAACAGAAAAAACUCGAGCUCAAAACGCAACAACAAGAAGCUGCGCGAAAACUGGAAGAAGCCAGGCAAGAAUUGGAGUUCCUGAAAGAACAACACGAAAAGGCAGCAGAAUCAAGAACUGUUGAAGAGAAAGAGCGCCAACGGCAAAUUAGAGAAAACCAGAUUCAAUUGGAAAAACAAAAGAAGUACUUAGAAGAAUUAAGAGUUGAACAGGAGCAAGCGAGACAGCGCGCUGAAGUUGAAAUACAAGAAGUGAAAGAGAGAAUCAAAAGAGAACAAGAUGAAGAGAGAAAGCGCUUGGAGGCUGAGAUGCAACGUCUUCUAGCUUUAGAAGAACAGCAUCGUAAAACUGUGUUGGCGAAAGAAAUAGAAAUGAAUAAGAUGAAAGAAGACUUGGAGAAAAAGUGGGGUGAAGAGCGAAGGCAUGUUGAGCUCCAACGACAACAAGUAAAGGCGCUACAAGAAGAAAUUGAUGUUAAACGGAAAGAAGUUGAACAGGUUGAGAUGCAGAUGAAGUUGAGUGCAGAUCUUGGAAGGGUGUCCCCUGGAAGAGUGUCCCCUGGAAGGGUGUCUCCAAGGAGACGCCAUAGUAACGAGGAAGAGGAGGAAGAAGAGGAGGAGAUAUCCGAAGGCGCUAAUGCUAAAGCUGUUAAUAAGUCCCGUAUGGAGGCACUACGUGCACAACUGAGGCAACUGGAGGCCGACUACGAAGACCAACGCAAAAUCGCGCAGAAAGAAAUAACCGAAGCUAAAGAUGAAGUACACAAGGCUGAACAAGAGGCGUUGAAAGGACUACGGAGUCUGACUACGGAGAAAUCAGCCAUUGAACUGCAAUGGAGGGUUCUGGAAGAAGUACAAGAGAAGCAUAAACGAAUCCAGGAACAACAGAUCGAAAAGAUGCGAGACUUGAGGGAAAUAUUGGAACAUGUUGAAGAAGCUGAGGAAGCACACUUGAUUGAGAAGGAGAAAGCUAUCAUGGAGAGAAGAGCUGUGAGACAUAAGUUAGAAGAAGCGAGAAGAAAGCAAGAAGAGCGUGAGCAUGAAGACAAGAAUGUUGAUCUUACCGAAGAAGAUUUUACCAAGAGAAAAGAGCUUCUCGAGUGGGAAACUAGAGAGGAAAUAAAAGAUAUUCGUGAAGAAAGAAAGAUCUUAUCCGAGCUUUAUUCAAAGCACCAAACUGCUCUUCAGAAAGCAACGCAAAUGGUCACAGAGACCAAGACAAAACUGGAAAAACACCUUGAUAACGAAAAGUUAGUUCUGGUACCUAUGAGAGCUAAGGUGGAGAAUCUUGUCCGUAACGAACUUGGACCACUGAUUGAAGCUGAACAGGAGAUAGAAAGACGAUGUGAAGAUGUUGACUUCGAGAGCCGUGAUAGAAAGAAACUCAUUUAUAGACAAAGGAAGAGAAUAGCGCUGUUAGAACGACAGCAUCAACAAGCUUUGCAGCAGGCUGAGAAAGAAACACUGAACGAGGAAGAGUUAGAAGAACUGGAGAACGAAAGAGAAGCAGARCAAAGCUUGAUUCGUAAAGAAAAGGUACGUCUCCUUGAACUGGAGAAAAAACACAAGGAGCAACAGGAGCUAGCAGAACUAACCAUCGGUGAAGCUGUACAAGAGCUUGAGAAGAGAAAAGCACAGGUCAACCAGAACUUGGAAAACGAGAGAAAAAAGUUGGCAGAAUAUGAGUUGGUUCAUAAGGAGACACUCGAACACGUCGAGACGGAACUGGAAGGAAGAACAGAGAUGCUUCAUCGAGUACGAGAUAAGAUACAAAAAGAUAAACGACAACUUGCUAAACUAGAUGUCAGACAGCAACGAUGUGCUGCCAAAGCUGCCGAGGAACUUUUCCUCAUGGCUGACCUGCUUGAGAAAGAGAUGACAGACAAAGGAAAGAGUGACGAGUUGGCGAAGAUCAAAGAACACAGAAAAAAGUUGCAUGAACUGGAUAGGCAGCUGAGGAUGACAGAGCGCAGAGAAAAGGGAGGAAAAGAAGACGAUCAAAAUCCCUGUACGUUGUACUGACUUCUGCUCACCAUGGCAAUGAUUGACAGGCGGUACAUUAUGGUUUGUAUUUUGUACCUUGUUGCUAUGGUUACGUUAGUGACUGUGGUCAAGUUGGUGGUUUGUUCAUUUGUCUUGUUUUUGUUGGCAUGUUUUUGUGUGUCUUUUCUUCUUGUUUCUCUUGUCUUCUACGUAUUUAUUUGGUGUGUUGUGUACUCCUUGUAUGCUGUUAUUCUCUUUACAUUUCCAUCUUUCUUUCUUUGCUCUUUAUUCGUACUCUUUUUCAUGCCAAGCAGUAAACAGUCCUUAAAGCAAGUUACUCUUCUGCGUGUGAAGGUUUCAAGUCGAGGUGCAAAAAUCUGAUGUAGUUUCUCCUCGGAUUCUUGACUUGAGCUUUAGUUCUCAAACUGUAUGCCUGAAAUAUCUGAAAAGUCAUUCCUAUGUUGAAGUUGGAAGAAAUCGUGUGUGAUCUGUCUGAUGUAAUGAAGUGAAGCCCUAAAAAAAACAUAAAACCCUGUGUUAUUUCAUGUUUUGUUGUCAGAACUGAUAUUUUAAAGCAAAAGCACCAGAUGUCGUGACUCGCAAAUGGCUUCCUCAUUGGUUGGCAUUUAUGAUAUGGUCUCUGAUUGGUUCAUUGAUUGAUUGGAAGCCAUUUGAUAGUCGCAUCACAGCUGAUCUGAUUUAAUCGUAGUAUAUCAUUAAUGUUAAUGUACAAGCAACCACUUGUUGAAUAGAUUUGCCUGUCGCUUUUAUUCAUAUAUCACAGUCACUAAAUUAAUUAUACCCGUGCAAUACUAAUGUAUAUAGCACACCUAAGUAUUGCCAUGGGUAAGGGUUGAUUUAUUAUGAAUUAUUAGACGUUAUUUAAGAGUGUGAGACUUUAUUUAGGAGUUAGUUAUUUCAAAAUUAGGAUUGAAACUACAAAUAAUAUUCGUCAAUGGAUGAAAACUGAGAACUAGUUUUCAAUCCUAAAUUUAGUUUCUUAGCCAUAAGAGGAUCAAGAGGAGAAGUUUGGGGACUAGUUUCCAAUCCUCUUUGUUACUACGUGUAUUGCAAAAGCAUUACUAGACUUUGUCGUUUCUAUUCUUACUCUAUUGAAUGCAACCAGUGAACCUCCAGAAAAGUGAGUUGAUUGAGGUAUUUAUUAUCCUAAGUUGUCUCACAAUGGUUUAAAAUAUAUUAACAAUGUAGAAUUAUUUAAAGUUGUGGUUAUAAUAAUAGUGAUACAGUUGACCAGCACCAAACGACAGGGGUGCAAUAGAUACUUGUCUGUUAUAAGCUAAACUAAAAUAGUGUGUAGUUAAAAAUGUGAUCGAAGACAUUAGCCUUGAGUUUCAAGAAAGAACUUCAAAUUUAGCACUUAAGUGCAUCCUCUUAAGAAUGAGGUACCACAGGAUUAAAUGGUAAGGAAAAAGGAAGGAAGAAGUGGAUGAUGAAGUGGUUUGCAAUCAUUCCUCAGAAAAUAACUGAUAUGGUUCAAAGCCAUGACAGCCACGUUGAAUGCGAUGUUUAGUCAAAGAGAGAUCUUCCAACAGUGCUGUAACAUUUAUUUACUCAGGAAUGAUUGGUUAAUGUAUGUUCAGACAACAAAUGAUAAAUGAAUGAUUGAGAAAUGAUUUGAGAAGGAUAUUUCAGAUUUGGGAUGGGAAGGGUUGAACAAGUACUUGAUGUUCAUGCUGCAAAUAAAACUCCAUUUUACAGUCCCGUCAAUGACUAUGAAUAAUAUUUCCAAGCUGAGGCUGGAGUUGCCGGGCAUAAUAAACUAUAGUUUUGCUAUGCGCAGAAACUCCAACCUCGACUUGGAACUAUUAUUCAUGGUCACUGAACGAAACCGUCAAAAGGAGUAUUGAAUCAUUAAUACAUUUCUUAAUUUGAUUAUUGAAAAUAUUAAUUUAACAUUAAUUGAUAAUAAUUUGAAUAAUGGCAAACCACAAUUGUAUAUUGAACAAAUACCUUAGGAAAGGCUUGCUGCAACCUUAAAUUUAUUUUCAAAAAUGCAACAUUUGAGAUAUGAAUGUUCUAAUACCAGGGGUGGGGGAAAACAAUGAUUAUAAUUGACGAUUAGCAAUCCUGUGUUGUCCAAGCAAAAAAAUGGACAUAAACAUGGGUGUCCAAAAUGGUUAGCUUUCUUUGGGAUGUAUGAUAACCCUAUGUAGUGAUUCAUCAAAACAUUAUAUUAUGGGAUAUCCAUUAAUGUAAAUAAAGCAAAGCUUGGAAUGACAAAAA